AUGAAAGGGAGAAUCCCAAUACUCACCCACAACGCCUUGCUCAAAGUAACGAACUUCUGUUUCGCGAUCGAGCCAAGGUGUCCAUUCGGCUUUCUUGAAAAGGAGAGAAGAAGCAUCACAACUAACAUCUCCGGGAAUAAAGAAGUUAAAAUUAAACAUGUGGGAGAACUCAAAUUAAAAAGUUUAAAAAAAAACAAAACCGUUGCGAAGGAUGACACCAAUGAAGAUGUGUACAUUAUGAAUGGGAAAAUAUUAUAUGCACAAAAGAAUAAGAAAGAAAAAAAUGAUUUAAAAAUAAAAUCUGGUUUGAAGAAGACGAAGUAUAUGGACACAACGGGAAAUUUAUUUUAUUCCAAAUUGAGCGACAGUUUGGGGGAAAAUAACUCGAAGGAGCUUCCCACUAGGGAGGUUACCUUUAAAGGUCUAGACGGCCUCGCGGCACAUUUGGCAGCUGAUCGUGCCGGCAGGCUAACACAAGGUGAAUCCUAUAACUCGUGCACAGGUGUGAAUAGCGGGGCCAAUGCUGCGGCUAUGCAAACCGCGGUAACCGGGGCAAUCGAGACAACCACGACAGCCGCUGCAACCGCUGCAACCGCAGCAACCGAGGCUACUCCGAUCAGGGGUAACACCACGAAUGGUGCGCUCCACACAGGGGAAACGAAAUCAAGUGACCCGCCCAUGGAGAAGACGAAUGGCGAUUCGGUGAGAAGUUCGAAUUUACAAAAUGGCAACGACUCUCAUGUGAGUGCCCCCCGUAAUGAGAAGCACGCAAGUAAAAAACUGACAAGGGGGAAUGUGAAGCAAGCCUCCGCGGAAGAAGAGGAGAAACAUAAAAAUAAUAACAGGAAUGAAGCUCGUGGUAAAUCGAGUCACCAUGCAAGUAUGCCAAAACUUAACAAUGAUAAGGACAGCUGCGCAGGUGAUAUCAACCGGGGAGGGGUGAGCACACCCCCAGAAGGUGGCGGAUCACAAAGUGGUGGGUUACAAAGCGACGAAUCGCAAAGUGACCCCCCCAAAAAAGGCAAACCUCCAAAACGCGAUAUUUACGAAAUUUUGCACGAAAUUACCCAUGAGCCGAGCAGGCGCGAAAUGAAGGCCUUCCUAAACUCGCUCCUAAUGCAUAAAAAUAGAAAAUGCACAAGCUUCCUGGGGAACUACAUAAGCCUAUACUUUUGCAACAUCCUGAGCGAAGAUUUGAAAGACUUAAAGUAUUCCUAUUUCGAUGGAGUAACCCUCUGUGUUAACAGCUUUUUCAGUGUGCUGAAGGAGUUAGAUGAAGAUCAGCUGUCUAAAAUGACGAACGUUUAUUUGAAGGAUUAUUUUUUAAAAAUUUUCCAAAUUUUAAAAUCGCAUAAUUUGAGUUUGCAUUUUGAAAAUUUAAAAAUAGAGAACAUGAGAUUGCUGUACAUAUAUAACAUAUUAGGGUUAAUUAGGAAAGAGGGGAAAAAAACGAAAAAAGAACAUAUAAAAAAAUUCCUUUAUCAAUAUAUAUGUGUGCAAAAUGAUGAUUUAGCUGUCCUCAAGAACACGAACAAAAUGAAGUUCCUCUCAAAUAUAAUUAAAAAUGGAGUCACCACUCGCAUGCACAUGUUGGUCACUCUCUCGUAUGACCUGUCUUCAUUCGACAAGACUUCUUCCAACUGUCUUACCAAAACUGAAGUUAAAAAUGUGCUUUUCGAAGUUAUCCUCGAGAAUCAGCUGGAAAACCCUUUCUUCUCGUUACAAUCGCCAGAUUCGGUAGACCUGAAGUCGUCUGGAUGGACCCUCGUUGACGUGAAUCAAAUUCUGAACGGCAAUUUGCCAUACGAGUGA